UGACCCUUUGUCCAACAUAGAAGCCAUUUUUUGUGGCACAAAAAGUCACUGAGAACAGUACUAUUUACUGACACAUAGAUUUUGAUGGGCCAAUCCCACUGAAAACCAUCACCAUCAGUCGUCAUAUUCCCAGCAUCUUACUCUUCUUCUUCUUCUCUCUCUCCCGCACGCAAUCAUAGUCUGUCUCUCUCUCAUGGUGAUCGCAGCUGCUUCUCCACUCUCCUUUGGUAGUUCCAGAUGUCAACUAUGCCAAGCAGAUGGUUUUUUUUGCUCAACAUCAUUUGGGGUCACAAGCACCUGGAUCAAAUCUCCUAUUGACAGUCGCAAAAGUCCUGAUUGUUCCAGCAUAAGAUAUAGGUACCCAUAUUUUGGAUCAACACAAUUCCAUUGGUUAACUGUGGGAUAUGACCGUUGCCUUUGGAAAGCGUCAGUUGCUGCCGAUUAUUCGGAUUCAGUUCCCGAUUCUUCUAGUUAUACAAGUCACCAAAGUUAUCAUCCUCUUGAAGAUGUCAAAGUCAAUAGAAGGAUCCGAGAUACACAGCUCAGCUCUGCUGAAAUAGCAAGGACAACUGUGGAGGCUAACAGCAGUGCCUUGCUGGUCUUUCCUGGGACAGUACAUUGUGAACCCCAUGAACAAAUUUCAUGGGCAGAGUUUCAGUAUGUUGUUGAUGAUUAUGGAGAUAUAUUUUUUGAAAUUUUUGAUGAUAUAAGCAUCUUACAAGAUCCUGGAGCUACAAAUCCUAUGAAUGCUUUCAUAGGAAUGGAUAUUCCAAUGUACGAGAAUAAAAGGAUAGCCAAUGAGUAUAAUGUUUUUGACAUUGGCAGUACUGAUGAUAUUCCAUUUGAUGAUGACUAUUUUGAGGUAAUGGAUUCUGAAGUUUCUGAUGUUCCAGUCGAUUGGGGGAUGCCAGAUACAUCCACAUGGGUUCAUCCUAUUUAUUUUGCAAAGUGCUUGACAAAGGCAACUGAUAUGGAAUGUGAUAGAAAAAUGGACCAUCCAUCAAAUGGGGUUUCCAUUUUGGGGUGCCUGAGACCUGCUUUUGCUGAUGAAGAAUCAUACUUAAGACGGUUAUUUCACUGUCAAGAUAGUGAUAACUACAAUUCAGAUUGGACAGAUGUAGAAAUUUUGAGCUUUAGCUCCAAAGGUGAUGGGAGCAGCAGGGGUUCAACUCUCUACAGGCUGGAAAUCAUGAGGAUAGAGCUCUUCUCUGUAUACGGUGCUCAGUCUACCAUUGGUUUGCAAGAUUUUCAAGAUGCUGAGCCUGAUGUCCUUGUACACUCUACUUCAGCAAUUCUAGAUCACUUUAGCAAUAAUGGAAUUCGAUGUAAUGCUGCUCUUAAAGCUCUUUGCAAGAAAAAGGGUCUACAUGUUGAGGGAGCUAAUUUGAUUGGGAUCGAUAGCCUUGGCAUAGAUGUACGAACUUUCUCUGGAGUGGAAGUACAAACUCAACGUUUUCCUUUUAAAGUCCGGGCUACCUGCGAAGCUGCUGCAGAAAAGCAGAUUCAUCAACUACUGUUUCCGCCGUCUCGAAGAAAGAAAUUUAGAAGUCAUGGUGAUCGACUUAGGGAUUCCAAGUCGUCCUAGCUCUUCUGCUGUUGUAACAAAUGUAGUAAUAAGUGAAUUUACUUACAUUAUUAACCCUUCAUUCAAGUCUCUGAUGAGCUUUAUUCUGAUAGCUUAAUAAAAGCAGAGUUGUUUUGUACUAACAAAUCUGUAAGAUUCUGUAAAGUAAAUGAUGUAUCCUGUUAUCUCUUCAAUAAUCCUCAUCUUUUGAAUUUUAAA